AUGAAUGGAUACCCAAACUGCUCUGCUAACCACACUAAAAUUUGGAGUCAUUAUUUAGUACUUGCACUGGGCAUCCCUCAGCUGACCAUUAACAUAGCAUCCGUGAUCUUCAACUGCACAGUCAUCUUCACCAGAAUGGCGACAAAGGAUCUGCACAAGCCUAUCUCUAUACUCUUCUGCAAUUUGGCCUUUUCUGAUCUCUUCACCAGCUUUUCUGGCUUUUGGAUUUCAAUGCUCUUCAUCACCAAUCCUGACAUUACAAUCUUUGGAUCCAAGGAUAUGCUUGCACCUUAUGCCUUAUAUACUAUGUCUAUUUUAUCCACCAUCUAUAACUUGGUAAGCAUUGGAGUUGAACGCUAUCUGGCUGUGGCUGAAAGCAUGAGGACAAGAUUCAGGCUUGCUAGAAACCAUUCCAUAGCUGCAGUUUUAAUUAACUGGGCCCUUGCUUUCUUUCUGGGCAGCCUGCCAUUGAUGGGGUGGAACUGCUUGCAUAUAGAGGAAAAUCUCUCUGUCCUCUACAGUCCGUUUUGCGUCGACUACCUCAUCUUCAUCGCCAUUCCCAAUGUUGUGGUGGCUUUUAUUAUACCUCUGUUCACUUACCUUAGAAUCAUUAUCAUCUUGAGGAGAAGAAAGCUGAGAAUGAAAGCAUGUGGACAAGCUACUGGCACCUACAAAUCAGCUGAAAUCCAGGUUGCCAGAACCAGUAUUUUUAUUUGGCUCCUGGCGCUGAUCUCCUACGCUCCGUUUUUUGCAGGAGUCAUAUUCGAUGCAACGAACCAUCAGUGCCCCAUUGACCUCUACCCAGGCGUCUACAUCUUUCGAAACUGCACGGCUAUGCUGAUAACCAUGAACUGUUUGGGAAACCCCAUAAUAUAUACCCUGAAAAUCAAAACUCUGGGGGCUAAACUCAAGGCUCUGAAAUGCCUCUCCGCCAACCGUGUGCGAGCCUGCACCAUUGAGAACGUCUAG